UUUCUUUUCUCAGGGACGCGAGAGGAGAGAUGCACCCGGCGGUUUCCCUCAUGGACUCGCCGGAUUUCCACCGGCGAGAAUCCGAGGACAAUGAGACUUGUCCGAGAAGGUUUGCUGCUGCUGAUGGUGCGCCUCCUCCAGCAAUUUUCUCGACGCCAGAACAUGGCGUUGGAACUUCGGCAGGCAGUGGUUCAGAAUUUCCCAUAGCCGAUGAUAACUCAUUGGUGUGUCAUCCGGCGAUGCACUCAUCCAUAUUGAUGCCGCCGUGUACUGUUGAACCAAGGGAGAUGAUGACACCGGAUGCCAGCGCAAGAUACAUACACGGUGAGCAAGUCCGCGAAGAUUUUGUGCCAAAGAGAAAUAUGGGUUUCGUCACCGAGGAGGAAGGGUAUGACUUUUAUCUACAAUAUGCAAGAGAAGCUGGUUUUGGUAUUACGAAGCUCAAGAGGAAGCCGAUGUCGCGUCUAUAUGCAUGCUCCUGACAAGGUACUUCGACAUUUUACAAGCCCGGGGAGGAACGGAAACGUGCAAAGAUGUCAAAGAGAGUUAACUGUAAGGCAGCGGUUAAGAUGAAGAAAAAAGGGAAAGAAUGGAUAUAUGAGAAAGUACUAUUGGAGCACAAUCAUACCCUAAAUCCUGAGCCAUGGGAGUUGAAGCACAUGCAUUCACACAAGAACAAAGACCCUGCUAUCAUGGAAUUCCUUGAUGAUCUGCAGAUGUGCGACGUCUCUCCUAAUGCCACCAUGAAUGUGUUGACCAAGAUGCAUGGCAACCGUGAGAACAUGCCAUGGAGUGAACGUGACUUGCAAAAUAG